ACAUUAGAGCACCAUUUUCGGUCAUGAAUUGUGUACCAAGUACAUAAUUUAUGUGGAAACAGAAACAAACAGUGGAAAACUAGUCUUCUUAUGAAGCCUGCCAUUAAUAAAUAAAUGACACGCGGACAGAAUGAUAGCUAGCUAGCUACCUAGCUCGCUAGCUCGCGAGACAGACAGAUACAGUAUGACGUUAUUCUAACGUGUUUGCACGAAAUGAGACGAAACAGUUCCCACAAGUGAGUCAAAAUGAGCGCCCUCUUCCCUUCCCUCCUCCUCCAUGAAUAAUUUGUGACAUUGCGGUCCACUCCCACAGCCAUCACCCAGCUUCUUGCUGCGCGAACGCGCCUCAGUGGAGUCUUGAACGCGCAUCCAGCCGUCCGAAGCGCCAGCAGCAGAAGAGGAAAGGAUGCAUGGUUUACUUUGGUACGUGCAUGUAUUUUCGUGCCUCACUGAAGGCUCUGAUCACUUGAGCGAUACUCGUCGAUAAUCUUACACCAACCUCCUCCACUCAUUGGCAGACAAAGAGGAGUCCGGUCGAUGUGACGCGCUGUCUUGAGACUCCUCCAUCAUUUUGUAUUAUUACUCCCCUUUGCUUACUUUGGACAGAUGCCGGCAGAGACUGUUAUUUUUCUUCAGGAAAUUAUCACAUGACGUGGACAAUGAGCGGAGGCAAGCUCUGAAAGUCAAAGGCAAGCGGCCCGGAUUUGCCACCCCCUCACGUCCCACUGGCAUGGAGAGUGCACGCCCCCCCAUGUAGGAUGCCUGCUCUGUCCAACGCCCGGCAUCCCUUCCUGCCCAUCACCAUCUCCUCCUUUUCCUCGCGUGUGCCCACUCUCGCUUCCAGUUCACUGCGGCCCCCCAGACUGUGCCCCGCUUCUCUCCAACAUGGUGGAUGAGGCGACCACCAUGAAGGAUGAUGUCAUCAAUGCCAACACGCUGGCUUGGCUGGUCUGCUCGGGUGUGUCCAUCCUGGCCAAUAUGUGGAGCAUCCUCAGCGUCAGCGCCAAGCAGAAAAAAUGGAAGCCGCUGGAGUUCCUCAUUUGUACACUCGCGGGAACGCACAUCCUCAACAUGGCCAUCCCCAUCACCAUGUACUGUGUCAUAACGCUGCGUCGCCAGCACUCCAACUACGAGUGGAACGAGGGCUUGUGCAAGGUCUUUGUGUCCACCUUCUACACUCUCACAUUGGUCACCUGCUUCUCCGUCACGUCACUCUCUUAUCACCGCAUGUGGAUGGUACGCUGGCCUGUCAACUACAGGCUGAGCAACACCAAGAAGCAGGCAGUGCACACAGUGAUGGGAAUCUGGAUGGUCUCCUUCAUCUUGUCCACACUUCCAGCUGUGGGCUGGCACAACACUAUUGACCGCUUCUACACCUCUGACUGUCGAUUCAUUGUGACGGAGAUCGGCCUGGGGUUUGGGGUUUGCUUCCUGCUCUUGAUUGGCGGUAGCGUGACUAUGGGUGUGAUCUGCAUCGGCAUUGCUCUCUUCCAGACCUUCUCCAUUCAGGCAGGCCACAAAGCAGAUAAGAACAAGUUCAACGUCCCCACCAUUGUGGUGGAGGAUGCGCAGGGCAAGCGUAGAUCCUCCAUUGAUGGCUCGGAACCUCUUAAGACGUCAUUGCAGAUCACUUACCUGAUCAGUGGCAUUGUCUUCAUCUAUGACUUCCUGACUGGCUUCCCCAUACUGGUGGUAAGCUUUGCCAGUCUGAAGUUUGACCGCUCGUACAACUGGAUGGUUCUGUGUGUGCUCUGGUGCUCCAUUGUCCAGUCCAUCCUGCUGCCCAUGUUCCUGUGGGCUUGUGACCGCUAUCGGGCCGACAUCCGCAUGGUGUGGGACAAGUGUGUGGCCAUCAUGUCCAAUGACGAGGUGGAUGAGGAAAACAGCCAAGAUGGAGGAAUUCAUGUCGACUUAAUAUAUGACAGACCAUAUGACUAUAGCUCAUCGCCUGAAAUCGUGGCAGUAGACCGUAAUGCCAAGUAUGAGUUCUCAACCUUAGAAAGGGGGGUCCCGCAAGGGUAUCCAGUGAGGGAACAGCAGGAAGAUAAAAUGCAGUAUUUGCAGGUGCCCCCUACAAGAAGAUACUCCCACGACGAAACCGACAUGUGGACCAGCGACCGGAUCCCCUCCUACCUUCAGCGGUGGGGCUCCAGCGAAGGCAUGAUAGCGAGUGGCCACUACAGCUCCACCUUGCCACGCCACGAGAGGCGCAGGAACAGCCUGGUCUCCUACCCCGAGGAGAGCCACCAUCGGCGUCACCUUCACCGCAAGCGGCGGCGUUCUGAGGACACGCACUCCCUCAAGCACCUGCCACGGGUGGUUUGCGGCACCUAUGAGGAUGACCUGCGCUGUUUCAGCCGGGACGAGGUCAUCAACUUUAUCGACGAAACGCCGAUGCCAAGCCCCAGGAAGAGCCCUCGGCGAGCAUCCACCAUCGCUCUCAUCCCCAGCGUCUACGAGCAUCACGGUGUCAUUCUUCCUCACUUUGCACUCACCGACUUUGAACACGAGCCUCAGGCGCUCCGGCGCCUCUCUGAACACAAAAGCAGUCGCAGCAGUCGCAGCGCCUCACUUGAGGGUUCCCCUAAAGGAAACAGGCCUAACAGCAGGGGCCCCAGGGGGGCUUGUGGCUCAGGAGAAGGAUGCGGAGGUGAUUUAUUGCAAGAUGCAAAGCGUGAGGCGGGCUUACCAGGGGGCACGCCACAGACGCAUCGCUCUGCUUGUAGAUCCAGGACAAGUGCAGCUGACUGGGCCCAGCAGAAGCAGCUCAGCCUGGUGGAGAGUAAAGGAAGCACAAACAGUUUUGUAAGCAUACCUUCAGCUUCUUCUUCGGGAUACAUCACCUUUCACUCCGAUUCUGUUGGCUCCGCCUCCUAAAAGACACAAUUCCGUUAGAAUUGUGGAACAAACCUGAGGUUUUUAUCACCGACUCGAGAGUUAUUAUGCCUUUUCUACACGUCAACAUAUCUGCUAAUGCCAAAAGGAGCUUUGGGCAUCAAAAGGUUGUUCUUCAUCUUGCACAUCCGAGAAUUAUCACCAGGACAUGUUUGAUUCCGGCAUCUUCACACGUUAACUCUUUACAUUCACACUCUUCUUUAAGCUGUUUGGUGUUGUUUCCUGUGAAAUGCUGAUAUCCAGUACAUUAAGGGAUGGAUUAUUGUAUAGCGACGUUUGUUUGCAGACCCCUUCUUUCCUUCAUAAGACGUUCCACGUAUCAUCCAAGCUUUUUUCAUUGUGAUGAUUAUGGCAUCAAAACAACUUAGAACUGGUUUUUCCAAAGUACACCACUACAGGAGUGGUGGUCCCAAACUCUGUACAGUGGUUGUUUGAGGUAUUGAUAUAAAUGUGAGCCCCCCUCCCAUCCCCACAAUUUCUUCUUUUAAAAAGCCAGUUUGCCAUGUACUCGAUAUUAUGUGUUAUUUUUGGUUGAUUUUUUUUCUCUCACUGUUAUUCUAAUAUCUGUGUUUGCCCCAGAAGAUAUUGCUUGUUUCCUGCAUAUGAUUUUUUUUUAGUGGACCACCAAUUCAUUAUUUUAUGUAGCACAACAAAGUGAAAUAUACCUCCAGCCUGACCAGAUGUAGCAUGGCUCCAAUAGCUGUUACAUUUCAAUACAAAACUAAUCAAUGGCAACACAUUAUACACUGGCUCCCUGUGCAUUUUCAAAUAUGUGACAAUACAAAAACUCAAAAGUCAAAAACCCCCAGGAAAAGUGAAAUCUAUACAUUACAUAACUUGAACACCGUUCAUCUGAUUCCAUCUGCAUUGAUCACCCUGAGCGUUGAGUAACUACUGUAUAUGUUUUAUUAUUUUAAAUGUGCUGGGAUGGUAAUCAUCACAAAAGUCACUCUUAUUGCAAAUGUGGAGCAAAAAUCUUGAAGAGAAAGUCAAUGCCAAGCUAGUCAGAGGGUUUGGAUCAGAUGGGAGCGAGCCACGUGUCAAAAUUAAAUAUUUGGAUCAAUUACUUGGGAUUUUGGCCAUUCCCUGGUGAUCCUAUAACGAAACGCCUGUAAAUACAUUAGAAUGUACUUUCUGCAAACAUAAAUGAGUAUCUGGGGUUUAAUGACUAAAUGAAAUAAUAAUAAUAUUGUUCAUCACCUGCCUUAGGAUCAUUUGUUAUUGAUACAAAGUCAAGUCUGAUUGUUUGUUAUAUCGGUGCACCUUUUUCUCAAUCCAGCAGCACCACAUCACAUUCUCCCUACAUCGACUUUACGAUUUUAUUGUGUUUACAAUAUCAAUAUAUGAUUUUGUAACAUAUUCAAAGAUAUAUGUUUCAAAUAUGACUGAUGCUUAAGUUCCUCGAUGAUGACUUUGUUUUACAUAGAAAAGGAUGUGGCUGAUUAAAUUCACAAGUUCAUGCAUCAAGUGUGUUUUUU